GCACCACCCCAGCAGCGGCAACAGCAGCAGGACCAGCCGGAGCAGCAGGUGCUGCUGCUUCAGCAGCACAGACUCACACGCGUAAGCAGCGCCGAUGGUGGCGACGGCAGCAGCAGCAGCAGGGGUGCUGCGGUAAUCCGUGACUACCUGGAAGAGGCCUUUGACCUCAUGCAGCAGCUGCAAGCAGAGCUGGAGGCAAGGCUG